AGGUCCUGGGCAAGAGAACUUGGCAGGCUCUCCCCAUGGCGGUCUUAUUCCUCCUUCUGUUCCUAUGUGGCCCCCCGCAGGCUGCUGCAGACAAUAUCCAGACCAUCUAUGUAGCCUUGGGGGAGGCAAUGGAGCUGCCAUGUCCUGCACCACCCACUCUGAGUGGAGACGAACUCCUGUCCUGGUUCCGCAGCCCAGCAGGCUCCUUCACUGCCCUGGUGGCCCAAGUCCAAGUGGCCAGGCCUGGGAGGGGGCCUUCCCCAGAGCCUGGGAAGUCUGUAAGGGCAUCCAGGCUCAAACUGCUGGGGAACUACUCUUUGUGGCUGGAAAAGUCCAAAGAGGGAGACGCCGGUCGGUACUGGUGUGCUGUUCUGGGUCAGCACCACAAGUACCAGAACUGGAGGGUGUAUGAUGUCUCCGUGCUCAGAGGAUCCCAGCUAUCCGCGAGGGCUGCGGAUGGAUCCCCCUGCUCCAUCCUUUUAUGCUCUGUGGCCCCUGCCAGACGCCUAGACUCUGUGACCUGGCUAGAGGGAAGGGGUCCUGUGAGGGGCCAUGUACAGUCAUUUUGGGGCGAUGGGGCUGCCCUGCUCUUGGUGUGUCCUGGGGAACAGCUCUCUGAGUCCAGGGAACAUAGACCAAGAAUCAUCAGCUGCCUCAUGCCUCAUAACAAAGGGGUCAGCUUUAGCCUGGCAGCCUCCAUGGAUGCCUCCCCUGCCCUCUGUGCCCGUGCCACGGGCUGGGAUGUAUCCUGGAUCCUGAUGCUGUUGCUUGCAGCAGGUCAGGGGUUCACCAUCCUGGCCCUCAGCAUCAUGCUCUGGAGACAGAGGGUCCAGAGGGCUCAGUGCAGAGAUGCCUCGAUUCCUCAUUUCAAACCUGAAAUCCAGGUCUAUGAGAACAUCCAUGUGGCCCGUCUCAGCCCACCUGCCCACAAGAUCAGAUGAUCUCGAUGACAUCUGCUGGGAAGUGUGACCUGCUGUCUCUCCAGCCAUCUGGCACCUGAAAGAUUCGCCUGAAAACCCUGGCAAGGGGGGAGGGGCUGAGAGUGCUACUUUACAGUCCAGCUGGUCUCCAGCAGUCAAGCUGUGUGUGUGUGUGUGUGUGUGUGUGUGUGUGUGUACGCAUGCUUGUGUGUUGGGGGGGGGGUUGCUGAAGGAAAGUAGAAGCAUUAUCUUGUGACAUCACCUAUGAGAAAGUGUGGUCUCCUGUUUUAUAAUAGCCA